GGGCGCGGCUCGGCCGGCCCCAGCCCGCGGGGAGGAUGAGGCGGCGGCGGGGCGGCCGGAGGAGCGCGGCGGCCGGAGCUGGCGCUGCCCUGGGCUGACCCCUUCGGGGGGCGCCGGGGCUGCGCGGCGCCGGGAGCGGGGCCCGGGCCCGCCGGGAGACACUCCAUGCUGCCCCGCCAUGUGCAGAGGCUGGGCAGAGACUGGAUCACCCACUGGAAUGGCUCCCAGAUACUGGCCUUGAACAGCCCAGUUUCCAGCUGUAUGAGAUGGGCCGGACACUAUCCUCCCUGGGCCUCGUUUCCACUCCCCAUUUCAGCUGAUUUUUCAGCAAACUGGAGAUUCCCUCCGUUUCUUGGACCUUGGAGACAAUUUCAGAACUCUAAUUGGCAUCUUGAUAACUACACACAAAGUUGUUGCUUUCACCUACCCAACCCCAGUAUGAAAUCUGAGGGAGAAGAGCCAUUGACAAAGAAGAGAAAACUCAGUGGCCAGGAUGAUACUUCAGCUCCUGAACAACAAACAGACUUGUCUGAUCAGAAGGAAGUAUCUUGUCUUUCUGUAGCACAGAAUGAAGAAAAACAUGGCAGCAAAAAAGGAACCAUCAAAAGACACUGGGAAUAUUUCUGUCAGCAGAGUAAAACAAUGAAAAUUGCUAAAAAUAAAGGAUCUGACCAAAGCAGCACAGGAAGUGAGGCAGCAUUUGAUUUUACAGUCAUGUCCUACAACAUUCUCUCACAGAAUUUGUUGGAAGACAACUCCCACCUGUACAGACACUGCAGGCAGCGAUUGCUAUUCUGGACAUACAGAUUUCCCAACAUCCUACAAGAAAUCAAAGAGCUGGAUGCAGAUGUGCUCUGCUUACAGGAAGUCCAAGAAGACCACUAUAGAACAGAGAUCAAGUCAAGUUUGGAAUCUCUGGGGUACCACUGUGAGUAUAAAAUGAGGACAGGCAGAAAACCUGAUGGCUGUGCCAUUUGCUUCAAAACUUCCAAAUUUAGCCUGAUUUCCUCAAACCCAGUGGAAUUUUUUCGCCGUGAUAUCCCGCUCUUGGACAGGGACAACGUUGGACUGGUGUUGCUGCUGCAGCCCAGAUUUCACUGUAAAGCCAAUGCUGCCAUCUGUAUUGCCAAUACACACCUGCUGUACAACCCAAGGAGAGGGGACAUCAAACUGACCCAGCUUGCAAUGCUCUUGGCAGAGAUUGCCAGUGUUGCUCCUCAGAAGGAUGGCUCUUUCUGCCCAAUUAUCAUCUGUGGGGACUUCAAUUCUGUUCCUGGCUCUCCAUUGUACAGAUUUAUAAAGGAAGGAAAGUUAAAUUAUGAAGGACUUGCUAUAGGGAAGGUCUCUGGACAAGAACAGUUUCCAAGGGGACAAAGAAUCUUAUCUAUUCCAAUUUGGCCAAAAAAAUUAGGUAUUUCACAAAACUGUGUAUAUGAAAUAAAACAGCAACCAAAGGAAGAAAAUGCAGGAGAAAAAUUUGAAGCAGCAAAACCGGACAACAUGCAGGAGAUUGUAAUAGCAUCUGAAAAGUUGUCUUCGAAAUUGCGGCACCAUUUUAAAUUGUCUUCAGUGUAUUCUCAUUACUUCCCUGAAACUGGGAUUCCAGAAGUGACAACUUGUCAUUCCCGAAGUGCUGUCACCGUGGAUUAUAUUUUCUAUUCUGCAGCAAAUGAUGAUACUGCUGACCAGCCAGGAGUAGAGGAUUCUUUUUGUGGAGGUCUGAAACUUCUUGGCAGGCUGGCACUUGUAACAGAGAAAGAUCUUUGGACUGUUAAUGGUCUUCCCAAUGAAAAGAACUCUUCUGACCACCUGCCACUGCUAGCAGAGUUCAGGCUUAUUGAACGGUAAUAUCCAAAGGACUUGUGGUGUAGGUAAAGUUCCCUUUACCUUCUCUCUCAUAGGAUGAUUAUUAUUAUUUUUUUAAAAUUCAAGCACUGCUGGUCCGGUUUAAAUAAGUUUGCCUGCAUGCUGAUUUAUUAGUGUUGUGUAAAGUAGACUUUCUAAAGGGACUUCCUUUUUUUAAAAAUAAAAAUGCCUAAUUUACUUUACAAAGUCUUUUAGGGAGAAAAAGGAUUUUACAUUAGCUUACUCUUUGAUAAAGGAAAACAUCGGUGCCAGACUCCAAAUGGCAUUAUUUUUCAUGAAUAUGUUGUAAAUGAUUUUUAUUGUAAAUCACAGUAAAAAGGACUAUUCUGAGAA